AUGGGCGCGGAAAAGGAAUUCACCUGGGAGGAAUUGGCAAAGCACAAUAUUGCAGGAGACCUCUAUGUCGCUGUUCGCGGCAACGUCUAUGAUGUUACCAAGUUCUUGAGCCGCCAUCCUGGUGGUGUGGACACGCUCUUGCUUGGGGCAGGCAGAGACGUCACCCCAGUGUUUGACAUGUACCACGCGUUCGGCACCGGGGAUGCUAUCAUGAAGAAGUACCACGUUGGCAAGCUGGUCUCCAACGAGUUGCCAAUCUUCCCCGAGCCCAGUGGUUUCCAUAAGGUCGUCAAGUCCAGAGUCGAGGGCUACUUCAAGGACUCUGGCAAGGACUCCAAGAAUAGACCCGAGAUCUGGGGCCGUUACUUUCUUAUCUUUGCGGCGCUUUUUCUCUCCUACUACGCACAGUUCUUUGUUCCCUUUGUGGUUGAGCGCACAUGGCUCCAGGUCAUCUUUGCUGUCAUCUUGGGCUUCGCUUGUGCCCAAGUCGGACUCAACCCUCUCCACGAUGCCUCUCACUUCUCCACGACUCACAACCCUACUGUUUGGAAGAUUUUGGGUGCGACUCACGACUUUUUCAACGGCGCUUCAUACUUGGUCUGGAUGUACCAGCACAUGCUUGGACACCACCCUUACACCAACAUUGCAGGAGCUGACCCUGAUGUUUCGACCGCAGAGCACGAUAUCCGUCGCAUCAAGCCCAGCCAAAAGUGGUUCUGGAAUCACAUCAACCAGCAAAUGUUUGUGCCUUUCCUCUACGGAUUUUUGUCCUUCAAGGUCCGUAUUCAGGAUAUCAACAUCCUCUACUUUGUCGGCGCCAACGAUGCCAUCCGUGUCAACCCCAUCUCGCUCUGGCACACCGUCAUGUUCUGGGGAGGCAAGAUCUUCUUCUUCUGGUACCGCAUCUACGUGCCUCUUCAGGUCCUCCCUGUCAAGAAAGUUUUGAUCCUCUUCAUCAUCGCCGACAUGAUCUCUUCCUACUGGCUUGCACUGACCUUCCAGGCCAACCACGUUGUUGAGGAGGUUGAGUGGCCCUUGCCCGAUGAGAACGGAAUUGUCCAGAAGGACUGGGCUGCCAUGCAGGUCGAGACCACUCAGGAUUACGCCCACGACUCGUACAUUUGGACCAGCAUCACGGGAAGCUUGAACUACCAGGCUGUCCACCAUCUGUUCCCCAACGUCUCGCAGCACUACUACCCCGAGAUCUUGUCUAUCAUUCGUGACUCCUGUACUGAGUACAAGGUUCCCUACCUCGUCAAGGAUACUUUCUGGCAGGCAUUCUCAUCACACUUGGAGCACAUGCGUGUUCUUGGACUUCGCCCCAAGGAGGAAUAA